UUUGUUAUCAGCAGUGUUAUCAAGAAUGAAUACCUCUACAGAAUUUAUAAUGACUCUUUCUGUAUGUGAAGAGGCCGACAUCAACAACACCUUGAGGAAUCGAGUCGUUCACUCAUUUUGCAAUGAUCACCACGUCAUUAACCGGCUUUACCAUCUUAUUCCUCGUUGUCCUGGCCGUAGGAGCUCAUCUGUGGCUCCGUUCCCGUCAGAGAUGUACCACCUCAUCGCUGUCUGUCGAUGAGAAAACACCAUUCCUUCACGGCAGCACCGGCGAUCAACAAAAUGAGAAAACCGACGAAGCAACCAUUGUUCCCUUGCCGGACUUUGACUGGAAAACGACUGAGCCGCUGAAGCUCCGCCCCUUCAAGCCCAAAUACCACAUCACCAUGGGUACCGUAAUCCCUUCUUUCAUCCGUGCUCCUUAUAUCCAUCGCCAACCACUAACACUCCACCACCAUAGGCCUUCAAAACAGCACCCCCUCGGACCUCAUCCUAAUGGACAGCAACUACCUCUCCCGUAUACGUUCCCGCCAAAAGAUCCUCUCCCUUCACGCCUCCGAAGUCAUGGGCGUUCUGCCCGAAGGUCAGGCCGCUGUCAAGGAGUUAUACACGUACCUGCUAGGCGAAUACCUCCCCGUCCGGUAUCCGACCAUGUUCCGCAUCGUCUCUUCCUAUCCCGGUUGCCCCGACACGACUUUCCACAACUUGAUCACCAAUUCUUCCUCCCCCCUGUCCCCGCCUCCCUCCGACCCCCUCGACUGUUUGAGGGUGAUAGCCCAAACCGUAGAAGACGAUUUCUUCCUCUUGCUUCCCUUCCCGAAACCCAACUCCCCCACCACCAGUGAGAUGGAGCACAAGUGCGUCGCCUUCAUGAACCUGCACCCCUCCGGCUUUUCCCCCUCCUCCAAACUCGGUCUCCCCAUUUCGCAGAUCCACGCCCCUGUACCAUCCUACGAGAAAAUCGGGCCGUCAAUGGAACGCUUCUUUGCCCGUUUGUCCUGCGACAAGCUCGUCAAGAGGAUGAAUUGGGCUAUGCAGUUACAUCCCGACCUCUAUUGCCCGGGCGGUAACCACGUGCAUCAGAAGGACUUGGAUACAUUGGAGGAGGUGACGGAGUUUGGGGACGAAGAGGCGGAGAAGGCGAGAUUGAGGGUUGAGUUGCAAGGUGUUUGGAGACUGAGAAAGACGGAGGCGGUGGUUUUUGGGUUCAAGACUUAUAUGUAUGGACUUGUGGAGGUAAAAGAGGAGGUUCUGGAAAUGGAGGAUGGGGGGACGACGAAGACGGGGGAGGCAUUGGCGCAGGCAAUUGAGGGAUUGGGAGAAGGGAAUGCGCCGGGGAUGUGGACGUAUAAGGGGGCGGUGAGGUGGGGAGCGGCGGUGGCUCGGUGGUUGAGGAGUUGAUGGGAAGGAACUGAAGGCCUAUAUGUAUUGGGAAGGCGUGAUGCUUUAAUGUUGGCUCACCAUGAUGAGGAAAGAGAGAUGACGGAGAAAGGGUAACGGAUGUAGGAUGAUUGAGGCGGCCGUGACCCGACUUCGGAGGACGGAGAGGUCGGGGAUUAGCAUUUUGAUCCGGAUUACAAAAAAUUGAUAAUCCCUGAAUAUCACCACUGGUGUUAGGUACCUCUAGUCAGCUUUCCCGUCACAACAGUCAUCAAUUGAAGAACAAGGGGACAUCGUUUUCCCUCU